AUGGCAGCCAGACAUCCCAUCAUGCCGCCCCAUAAUGAGACGGAACACUCCGUCAGUCGCCUCACGCGCGAGGGCAAACAAAUCACCUAUAAAUUGAGCGUGAUGCAACAACCGGAGCGUGCGAGAGCCUGCGGUGCCGGUGCCAAAUCAUCGGCCGACCGUCGUCCUGUUGACCCACCACCCGUCGUUGAACUGCGAAUCUUCCAAUCCGAACCCGGCAAUGAAGCCCAGAAAACCGAUAUCACUUUUGCCUACAAUGCCAAUUUCUUCCUAUAUGCGACGUUGGAGACUGCCCGUCCUCUCGCUCACGGCCGAGUGGCUGGUCCGCCGUCGUGCCCUGUACUAACUGGUGUGCCGGUCGCCGGUGUUGCGUACCUCGAUCGCCCUUCGCAGGCUGGUUAUUUCAUUUUCCCGGAUUUGUCUGUUCGCCACGAGGGUCGUUACCGUUUGAGCUUCCACCUAUACGAAGAGAUCAAGGAAGCCAAGGAUGCCGACAAGGACUCGAACCUGCCGCUUCCUAACCAAGUCAGUCGAUCCAACGCCAACCCCGGCACCCCGCAAGCAUUCCUGCAUUUCCGCCUCGAUGUCAAGUCAGUGCCCUUUACGGUAUAUAGCGCGAAGAAGUUCCCCGGUCUGGCUACUAGCACCUCCCUGAGCCGUAUCAUUGCUGAGCAAGGAUGCCGCGUCCGCAUUCGCCGUGAUGUUCGGAUGAGGCGUCGUGGUGACAAGCGAGAGGAGGAGUACGAUUUCGACGAGGAAAGAGCGGCUGUAUAUGCACGAUCCGAUCGAUACUCAACACCGGAUCGAUAUGUCACAAACUCGGUGGAGCGGCCACGGUCAAAUAGCAACGGCAGCGCAAUGGCUUCGCCAUACGGAUUUGGACCCGAGAUUCAACGACGGCCGUCUGCACCCGAUUAUGGAUUCCAAUGUCCUCAACCGCCGACCUUCCAGCGGCCGAUGCCACCCGCUCCCAUGCAGCAUGAAACCACUCCCAGCUAUCAAUCACACCUCUCUUUCGGUUCGACGCCAACGCAAUAUCCCAAUCCUCACAUGCCUCCCACUCCGCCGCCGGUCGCGCCUCCAGGAAUGUAUUCGCCUCACACUACAUAUGCCAACAUUCGUCAUCCAUCAAUUGCGUCGGAGUAUGAAUCGACACCAGCAGGUUAUCCCAUGGGACCCCCCAUGUCGGAACGAACAGGCGGCUAUCCGAAGAAUAAUAUGACAUCAUAUCGCAUGGAUACACCCAAAGCACCGCCUUAUGUGGAUAUGAACCCUGCGGAUCCGUUGAACCCAUACUCCAUUCCGGCAAACUUAUUGCCUCGUUCCGAGACCCCGGCUCCCGUUCCAGCUGCACUGCCGCCUCCGUCUAUCAAGACCAUGUCAAGUGAGUUCGUGCAGCCUUCGAUUGAGCACUGCACGCCUAGUCCAGGCUACGAUUCCGUCUCCGGGAAGCGAAUGCUGUACCAUACUGGACACACGUCCGGCAAACGCACUCACGAAGACUCCUUCGGUCUGGAUGAGCGCUCGAUGCAGAAUGGCAUGCGGCCUGACAAUGAGACUUAUACGUCAAGCGCCUAUCGCGACUUCUCUGCCGAGAGUCGUGCUGCCUUGAUGGCCGAGUAUGGCAUUGAGAUGGCAUACAAACGUGCCAACGGUAGGAUGGUGCUGAAGGCGCCGCCUGCGACUCAAUAA